AUGGCGACCAACGCGGCACCAACCAUCAAAGUCGAGGAGGACACUAAUUCUCCGGCCAUCAAGACUGAGAACGUUUCGAUGGAAGAUGCUCCACCCGCGUCUAUUGGCUCUCCAAUGUCUGAAGAUGAUGAACAAUUCGAAGAUGCCGGGGAUCUGGACAUGACGAAAGGCGGUGUCAUAGCAUGGCUCGUCAAAAUGCCGGAUUUUGUCCUGGAGAACUGGCAUAAAAUCGAUGAUGAUGAAGAGAUUCAUCUCGCUGACAUCAGAGUUUACAAUACACCGGCUGCUUUGCCGGGUGCGAAAAAGCAGGAGCCACCACAGGAGAGGUUAAAGUUAUUCUUGACGGAUAAUAAGUACAAUGAGGGGAUACCGAAGAAAUUCGACAUGGCGGUCACGGAUAGAAAUGUCAGAAAUACGUUCGUAUUCACUGAGAAGGAUAUGCCGGGAUUUGAGAAUCGGGCUCGUGGCAUCGGAACAGAUGGAAAUCCCAUCAUCCCAUCAAGACUAUUACAGCCGGAGAAGAAUUUCGACAGGAAAUUCGGUAAAGGAGGAAACAAUAAUAAUAAGAAAUUCCAGCCAUUCUUCCGGAAAGCCAUUCCCAAACGUACAGCUUUAGUUGGAACAGUUCGCCACGAAGCCGUUGUCACACCAGUUGAUAGCAUCGAGUUUGCGAAGUAUCUAAAACGGAAACGUGACAUAAUGGAAGAAGAGCAGCGAAAGAAGCACAUUGUGGUUCUCGACAAGAUCCUUCCGGGUGCUCCUCUCCCGACUACCAACGACAAUCUCUUCGACCAAGCUAUUCAAAAACCCGGCACGGAAAAGAAGAAGACCCAGGAAAACAAGGCAACCCGUAUGCCCCGAAACGAACUUCUCGAUGCAUUAUUCACCUGUUUCUCUGAGUAUGAGUUUUGGACUCUCAAGGGUCUUCGUGAAAGACUCAAUCAGCCAGAAGCAUAUCUCAAAGAAACUUUGGAAAGUAUUGCUACUCUCCUCAAGACUGGACCAUUUGCAUUGAAGUGGCAAUUAAAACCCGAAUAUAAGACUCGGGAUAUUGAAGCAAUUAAGAAGGAGGUUAGAGAGGAUUUGGGAACUGAUGCGGGUGAGGAGUUUGACGACGACGAAGAGGAAGAGAUGGAGGAUGUUAAGAUCUGA